CUGCAUCUAACAUACAUCAGCCAAUGCUAUUGGUUGAGAACUGAUUUGUAUGGAAAUGCAGCGUAUUAGUGUUUUCGUGGUUUUGUUUCAUUUGGCAGGAGCUGCAAUUGGUGAUGAUUUCCAUGAGCAAUUGGGUCACAUAAGACCCCAAGUCUCCAAAGAGGAUCAAUCCAAGGCUGCCUUGGAUGCCAUCAAGAGAAUUCUGAAAGAAAGGUCUGCUGAAUUUUCUGUGGACGUGAAUCCUGAUCAAGGAGGCAUUGGAAAAGAUUACUUCAAGAUUAAUAAACAAGAAGGAAUCAUCAAGAUAUCUGGAACUUCUGGGGUAGCCGUUUUGACAGGGUUGAAUUACUAUUUGAAAUAUGUUUGUGAGGCACAUAUUUCUUGGGAAGCUUCUCAGUUGGAUUUGCCAAAAGAGCUGCCAGAAGUGAAUAUCACGGUAACAUUGAUUGACAGGUUCCGGUAUUAUCAGAACGUAUGUACCACAAGCUACAGCUUUGUAUGGUGGAAUUGGCAACAAUGGGAGAAACACAUAGACUGGAUGGCACUCAACUCCUUCAAUCUGGUGCUGGCUUUCAACGGGCAAGAAGCGAUUUGGGAAAGGGUCUACAAAAACUUGAAUCUCACACAAGCUGACAUCGAUGAACAUUUCACUGGACCAGCAUUUUUGUCAUGGUUGAGAAUGGGAAAUAUUCGAGGUUGGGGUGGCCCUCUGUCCAGAGCUUGGCACGAAAGGUCAAUUUGGCUGCAAAAGAAAAUACUCCAACGAAUGAGAAGUCUGGGUAUCAUUCCUGUGUUGCCAGCUUUCGCUGGACAUUUGCCACGGGCUUUCCAAAGAAUAUAUCCCCAAGUGAAUAUGACACGUAUGGAACAAUGGAAUCAUUUCAAUGAUACCUACUGCUGUCCUUAUUUCCUGGACCCAACUGAAGAUUUAUUCAAAGCAAUUGGUAAAAUGUUUAUAGAGGAGCAAAUGGCAGAAUUCGGAACUGAUCACAUCUACAACUGUGAUAGUUUCAAUGAAGUGGACCCAUCAACUUCUGAUCUGAGCUACCUCUCGAAUGUAGGAAAAAGUAUCUACUCUGCCAUGACUGACGCUGAUCCGAAAGCGAUUUGGAUCAUGCAAGGAUGGUUGUUCUACUCCAGCGAGUAUUGGCGAGAUCCUGAAAAGGUCGAAACUUUCAUUACAAGCGUCCCGAGGGGAAAAAUGAUAAUACUGGACCUCCAAUCAGAACAAUUUCCUCAAUAUCAGCGCCUGCAGCAAUAUUUUGGUCAACCGUACAUUUGGUGUAUGCUCCAUGAUUUUGGAGGAACUCUUGGGAUGUUUGGGUCAGUCAGUAUCAUAAAUGAGAAUGUUAUCAAAGCUAGGAAUGAACCAAAUAGUACCAUGAUUGGUACUGGGCUAACUCCAGAAGGGAUCAACCAAAAUUACGUUGUAUAUGAUUUGAUGACUGAAUCUGCUUGGAGAUCAGAACCUUCCAACUUGACCAGUUGGUUCAGGAAUUACACUAUCAGAAGAUACGGAAGAUAUAACGAAAAUAUAACGAAAGCUUGGGACUUGUUGAGAGGUUCAGUUUAUGACUAUAGUGGUAUUUUCAAGCUAAGAGGGAAAUAUGCCAUAACCAACACACCGAGUCUGAAGCUGAACAUUUGGACUUGGUAUAACUACAGUGACGUUUACGAGGCUUGGGAUCUUUUUAUCGCUUCAGCAGACGAAUUCAUAGAUAGUCCAGCCUUCCUCCACGACUUGGUAGAUCUAACAAGACAAGUUCUCCAAAUAGCUGGCGACGUAUACUACGAAAAACUCCUCGGUUAUUUCAGAGGUAAAAAUAUCCAGGCUUUCGAAGACACAUCUUCCAGAUUUUUGAACAUAUUCCUCGAUCUGGAUCUGAUAUUGUCUACCAACAAGGAUUUCUUGUUGGGUCCUUGGCUUGAGGCUGCCAAAGCUUGCGCGAACGAUACCAAGGAAGCUGAACUUUUUGAGUAUAACGCCAGGAACCAAAUCACCUUGUGGGGACCUCAUGGGGAGAUUAUCAACUAUGCCAACAAGCAGUGGUCAGGUGUUGUUUCACAUUAUUUCCAACCGAGAUGGGCACUUUUUAUAAAUCGCAUGGACAUAUCUUUGCAUACCAAGACGAGGUUCAAUGAAUCGUUGGUGAAGCAAGAAAUGUUUGAGAGAGUUGAGGAACCUUUCACGUUUGAUAGGGGCCUUUUUCCCACAGAACCAACAGGGGAUCCAGUUGGAAUUGCGAAAGAAAUACAUAGUAGAUGGUCUAACCUCAUUUUGAUGCUAUCCUCAAAAUCUGCAAGGAAUAAAAAUAGGAAGCAGAGAUCUAGUGAGGAAAGGACAGCGGAACCUUAUUUUGAAGAUAUGGAACCCAAAGUUAUUGUACUGGGAUGAAUGUGAAAUAAAACUUUA